UGCAGCAGUGUUUAUAUCUAAAUUUUCUAAUAGAUUUAAUUUAAAGCUUUGUGGUGGAUCAUCUAAAUGGUGGCCAUUGGCGAUUAUCUAAUAUGACAACGUUGUGGUUAUAUUUAACACAAUGCUCAGGGAUACUUUGUUUUUAAGGGGUUAUGGAAUCAUUGGAUUUGUUGGCUGAACAAGGGCAUUGGACAAAGUGCAUUGAAAAGGCAAAAGCACAUGGUUUGCCAAUUUUGCACAAAUACUUGGCAUUGUAUGCUACCAGUUUAUUAAAAGAUAGUUCCCCAAUCCAAGCUGUAAAAGUGUUCAAUACAUACGGAACGCCGGCUAUCAGUCAAAACUUUAAAAUUUACAACCGAAUCGUAAAAGAAAUGUUGGCAUUGAAUAUUGAUAAAGAAGAAAAUAACUACGAAAUAUGGUCAGAGUUACGACAGAUGCUUCAUAAACUGGUGGAAAAUAUUAAAACGGGUAAUGAAGUUAAUUCUCAAACAAAAAGUCACUUUGAAGAACUUUUGCUAAUUGUUCAUUUUUGUGCGUUGAGGGCUAUUUGUAAGAAAGUUCCUUCUUUAAAGCAAAUAGCAGUAAAAAUAUCAAUUGCUUUGCUCAGGUACAUUGAUGUAAUUCCAGCUGAUAAGGCAUUUUGUGAAGCAGAUUUGCGGGAAGAAGGUAGAAUUUCAGAAGCUUUUGUAUUCCUGAAUUACUAUCUGGAUAUUUGCGAAGCAAUCGAGGAGGGAGAUAGUCAAAUUAUUGAUAACACGUACAUGGAACACACCGACAUACCAACCGAUUUCCCGUUACCAAAGGCACUGUACCUUCAGGACGAUGAAGCUCUCCAUGAUGAUAUUCGUCAAUGGGUACUUACAACGAGCAUGGACCAAAACAUAGAUCAGGUACAUGUCGUUUUAAUUGCAUAAAACAUUCAAGCGGAAAAUUCGCGCUGCCCCUCAAAGCUCUAUGGCUUAUAGAUUAUAUCGUUCAGUACUGUGAAAAUUAAGGAUUGUGUUGAUGUAAAAUCGAAUUAAGAAAUUAAUCAGAAAGAUACAAGAUUUCUCCUCUCCCCCCUAAGGAUUAUUUCUGGAUUCGCCCUCGACAAAACACCUAUUUAAGCAAUUUUAAUCGUUUUUUGCUUAAACUUCACUAAUGUACUCGAAAAAUAUGAUAAUGACCGCAAAUGUAAGCCAAAAAUCGUCAGUUUUCUCGCCCUUAAAUCACUUGUAUAGGGAUUAAAAGUUAAGAGUACCCUUAUACAAUAUUAAACUGCAAUAAAAUUCCAGUAAUUGGUAAAAAGUUUUAUUAACAUCUAUGAAUAAACUAUAAAUCUGUUGUGACUUACAAUUAGUUUACAAAACUGCCUCUUAUCUUGAACUAUGAACUUCAGCCAGGAAAAAACAUUGAACGUAUACUUCAUUUACUUUCUGUAGCGAUGUGACCUUCAGUUUGACCGGCGCAAA